AUGAAAGUCACCUGAGGAAUUAACUGUAAAGCAAAUGGGAGCGCCUGGCAAUGCACACCACAAAGCCUUGCGGUCAUUGAUCACACUGCGUUAGACGAGAUCGAUCCCUCAGACGGGCUGAAGCCACCACCCGGGGCGAAGCAGGGGGCCGUGGCGCAGCCUGACUGAACCGGGCUAUCGGACAUGGCAAUCACACAGGGAGGCUUCGGCGUGCCAGAGGAGAGACGCAGCACCAUGAACCAAGAAAAACUGGCCAAGCUUCAGGCACAGGUCCGAAUAGGAGGAAAGGGAACAGCUCGCAGAAAGAAGAAGGUAGUGCACAGAACAGCUACAGCUGAUGAUAAAAAACUUCAGAGUUCUCUCAAAAAACUGGCAGUAAAUAACAUUGCUGGCAUUGAAGAGGUGAACAUGAUAAAAGAUGAUGGAACAGUCAUUCACUUCAACAACCCCAAGGUUCAAGCUUCCCUCUCUGCUAACACUUUUGCAAUCACUGGUCAUGCAGAGGCUAAACCGAUCACAGAAAUGCUUCCAGGCAUCUUAAGCCAGCUUGGUGCUGACAGCUUAACAAGUCUCAGGAAGUUAGCUGAACAGUUCCCAAGACAAGUGUUGGAUAGUAAGGCGCCGAAAUCUGAAGAUAUUGAUGAAGAAGAUGACGACGUCCCAGAUCUCGUAGAAAACUUUGAUGAAGCAUCAAAGAAUGAAGCUAACUAAAACAUUGAUAGUUCUGGAAGCUGGCAUGGACUAGAUUUAAGAAAUCAGCUAUGUGGUUCCAAAGUUCUAAAGAAACAGUGAACAUCAUCUGUUAAUAGUUCAGUAAUAUAAAUAUUUUGUAUUUUUAUGAUGCUGUUUGGUCAGCAUUUUCUGUCAGUUGAUUUUGCAUUUUGCACUUACUCCCAGGAUCUACUCUCUUGGUCAAAAAGAAAACGUCAGUGCAGUUGGAGGGGUGUGUGCAUGUGGGUGUGUGUCUGUGUGUGGGUGUACAUAUAGUGGAGAACUAAUUGGAGGACACUUAUUUAACCUUUUCCCCCUUUCCUUUGGAAGUAGAAAGAACACCAAUCUUCAGCACUGUUACUUUGAUUGUCACCAAAUAGUGCACAGAAGAAGGUAUUUGAGAUUAAAACUUUGUCCACGUUACGUGACCUGAAGUCAUAACCUGGGUUGAAUUUGCUGUUCACAGUUGUGCUUGGGGAUGUUUCUUGUACACAUGAGAAUUGGCAGCCUUCUGCUGGUCCCAGCUGGCAGUGGAGGUGAGCUGCUUCACCAGCUCACUUGGUACAGUAACUUGUUAAAAAACAAAACUUGGUCUUGGAAAAGGGUGCUUUGUUUUUUUUAACUUUCCUCUAUUUUUCUUUGUGUUUUUUU